AUGAACUGCGCCAGGGUAGCCCAGGAGUACCCCCAGCCCCCCUUCCCCGCUGGCCGCAGCACUCGUUUCGCUUGCCACGGGCACAUGCAACCAAGGUACUCCCUUAAAAAUCCAUCUACCGAGAGUUCACCGCUGCCCCGGGGGGUGGAGCAGCCCCCGCGCUGCGAAGGCUGCGACAACCUCUUCGGGGAGUAUUACUGCGACAUCUGCCACCUCUUCGACCGCGACAAGAAGCAGUACCACUGCGCCGGGUGCGGGAUCUGCAGGAUUGGGCCGAAGGAGGAUUUUUUCCACUGUUCAAAAUGCAACUUAUGCCUAAGUUUGAGUCUGCAGGGAAAGCACAAGUGUAUUGAAAACGUCUCCAGGCAGAACUGUCCAAUAUGUUUGGAGGAUAUUCACACAGCUCGCGUCGGAGCUCAUGUUCUGCCAUGUGGUCACCUUCUUCACAGAACAUGUUACGAGGACAUGCUAAAGGAAGAUUACAGGUGUCCUUUGUGCAUGCACUCGGCUUUAGACAUGAGAAGGUGCUGGCGUGAGAUGGAUGAGGAAGUAGCGUUGACUCCUAUGCCCACAGAGUUUCAGAACGUGACGGUGAAGAUCCUUUGCAACGACUGCAAUGCCCGGUCUACAGUGCAGUUCCAUCUCCUAGGCAUGAAAUGCAAAAACUGUGAAUCCUACAAUACCGUCCAGGAGGAAAGAUUCCAGCUGCCUUUGGAGGAGCAGUGA